AUUCUUCAGUUUGAAGAAAUUUUGGCCAACUCUUCAUACCGAGAGCACUUCCGAAUCUACAUGGGAAGGAUGGACAAGAUGGCUUUGAUCGGUCUUUGGGAGUCUGUGGAGUAUCUGAGGAACGCUAACAAGGCUGAAAUACCUCAACUGGUGAGUGAAAUUUAUCAGAAUUUUUUUGUGGAAAGCAGAGAAAUACCCGUGGAAAAAUCCCUGUAUAAAGAAAUACAGCAAAGUCUCGUUGGAAAUAAAGGCAUUGAAGUAUUCUACAGAAUUCAGGCAGAUGUUUAUGAAACCCUAAAGGACAGAUACUACCCCUCAUUCAUUGUCAGUGACUUAUAUGAGAGAUCAGUCAAGAAGGAAGAAGAAAGAAGUUCUGCUCAGCUAAAUCCUGAGGACAAAGAUGAAGUGAGCCAAGGUUGUGAAGAAGCUACUGAAGAAUGCAGUACAGGAAUUAAUGAACAGGCCAGUUAUGCUGCAAAUAAACUUCGCCAGCUAAAUGACAAGCUUGCAUAUAAGAAACAAGCUCUAAAUUCCAUAUGUAAUUCACCAAAACCCGACAAAAAGAUUGUGUCUAAGCUGAAGGAUGAAAUUACUCUAAUGGAGAGAGAGCACAAUGACCUUCAGCUGCACAUUGCAAGAACGGACUGGUGGUGUGAGAAUCUUGGCAUGUGGAAAGCCUUCAUUGUCUCAGGCGAGGUUUUAGAAGAGAAUGGAGAACAAGUGCCCUGUUACUCUGUCAUGGUCAGUUUACAAGAAGUUGGUGGAGCUGAAACUAAGAACUGGACUGUUCCCAGGAAACUCAGUGAGUUUCAGAACCUACACCGGAAACUCAGUGAGUGUUUUCCAUCAUUAAAGAAAGUUCAGUUGCCUUCCCUCAGCAAGCUGCCCUUCAAAUCCGUAGACCAGAAAUUCAUGGAGAAAUCCAAGAACCAGCUUAAUAACUUUCUGCAGAAAUUGCUCUCUGAUGAAAGACUCUGCCAGAGUGAAGCACUUUAUGCCUUCUUGAGCCCUUCCCCAGAGCACCUCAAAGUUAUUGAUGUGCAAGGAAAGAAGUCCUCUUUUUCACUCUCCUCAUUUCUAGAACGACUUCCUGGUGAUUUGUUUUCUCAUCAGGAGGAAGAAACAGAAGAGGAUAGUGACUUGUCGGACUAUGGAGAGGAAGUGGAUGGGAAAAGGGACUCUCUUGCUGAACCAUGUUUCAUGCUGAUUGGAGAGAUUUUUGAGCUGCGAGGAAUGUUCAAGUGGGUCAGAAAAACAUUAAUUGCACUAGUACAAGUCACUUUUGGAAGAACUAUCAACAAGCAAAUCCGUGACACUGUACACUGGAUGUUUAGUGAACCAAUGCUUGUUUACUACAUUGGCGUGUUUCGAGAUGCGUUUUGGCCGAAUGGAAAGUUAGCACCGCCACCGAGAGUCAAGAGUGAAGAACAAAAGCAAGAGACAAAACAGAGAGCACAGCAAAAACUACUUGAAAACAUUCCAGAUACUCUGCAGAGUCUUGUUGGACAACAAAAUGCCCGGCAUGGUGUAGUGAAAGUGUUCAAUGCCUUGCAAGAAAGAAAGGCUAACAAGCAUCUACUCUAUGUUUUGCUGGAACUGCUGCUAACUGAACUGUGUCCUGAGCUAAGAGCUCAUUUAGAGCAGCUUAAUGCCACUUAGGUUUGAAUCUGCACAAUUGGACCACUAGAGAAAUGUCUAUGUCCAAUAAUAGACAUGAAACUUAUUUCCUCUUUUCCAUAGAGGGCUGAGGACUAUGAUUAUUUUUAGCAUUUUUCUUUCCUCUUGAGUUUUUUGUGAAGUAAACAGACUUGAAAAGAUCUGAUGCUGUAGUAGGGUAGGCAAAACAAUGCUGUAUAGUUGCCAAUUUUUAUUUAAAUUGUUCUAUUUGACUACUCUUUGGUUUCAAAUAUAGGUUGAAAAAUAAAUAUUCAUAUACGCUGAAAGAAGCCAGAAAAUAUUUUAAACGUUUAUGAAAAGAAAUUUUGCUUAUAGUGGUAAACUAAUGAAUGUUGUACAGUUCUAAUCUCCUGAUUGAGGAUUUGAGCAUUCCUUUUUUCUUGUGUAUUGAAAGAGCCUUGUGCAAUACUACAUGUAAAGGUGUUGUGAAAAUUUUAUCAAUUUUGUUUUUACCAAAGAUUUCCUGUAGUUUGAAGCAUUUGUAAGCAAUAAAUAACACAACUGGAUUGCAGCA